UCUCCACCACUCUCUCUCCAUAAAAGAUCAAAACUUUAGCACAUUCAAGCAAAAAACUAAAUAAAGGAGGAGUCUCUCUCUCUCUAGAAUCUCUGUUUUUAUCCUCUCUCUAGAAAGAGAAAGCAAGCAAAUGGCAGCAGCCCCACCAGCAGUGGCAGUGAAUGGAGGAGGAAUGGCGGCAGCAAAGGUGGCAUCACAGGCUUAUUUGGAAAGCAAAGCAGUUAAAGACACAAGGGUGUUAAUAGCUGAUCUUUGCAAACAAUUCUACACCCUUGGAUGGGUUUCUGGGACCGGUGGCAGCAUCACCAUCAAGGCCCAUGAUGAUUCUAUCCCUAAGCGCCAGCAGCUUAUCCUCAUGUCCCCUUCUGGGGUGCAGAAGGAGAGAAUGGAACCAGAGGACAUGUAUGUCUUAGCUACAAAUGGGUCUAUAUUGUCUUCACCAUCUCCGAAACCUUACCCAUACAAGCCUCCCAAGUGUUCUGAUUGCGCUCCACUUUUCUUGAAGGCAUAUGACAUGCGUAAUGCAGGAGCCGUCAUUCACAGUCACGGGAUGGAAUCCUGUCUUGUAACAAUGAUCAAUCCAUUAUCAAAAGAAUUCCGGAUCACUCAUAUGGAGAUGAUAAAAGGAAUUCAAGGCCAUGGCUACUAUGACGAACUUGUUGUCCCAAUAAUAGAGAACACUGCCUAUGAAAACGAGCUUACAGACUCUCUUGCUAAAGCUAUUGAAGCGUACCCAAAAACCACAGCUGUGCUUGUUCGCAAUCAUGGCAUAUAUAUAUGGGGAGACUCAUGGAUCAGUGCCAAAACCCAGGCUGAAUGUUAUCACUAUCUGUUUGAUGCUGCUAUCAAACUUCAUCAAAUAGGCCUAGAUUGGUCUACUCCAAACCAUGGCCCUAUUCAAAAUGUCAAGGUUAAGGCAGGCAUGAAUAAUUCAAAUAACAGAAUUGAACCGUUGCCACGUUGCAUUGUACUUGACAUUGAGGGAACUACUACUCCAAUAACAUUUGUUGCUGAUGUUCUAUUUCCAUAUGCCCGUGAUAAUGUUGGGAGGCAUUUGUCUGCAACAUAUGAUACUGCAGAAACUCAAGAUGAUAUAAAGUUGUUGCGCACACAAGUUGAAGAUGAUUUGGCACAAGGUGUUAAUGGUGCUAUUCCUAUUCCAACGGAUGAUGCUGGGAAAGAGGAGGUAAUUGCAGCUUUGGUUGCUAAUGUGGAAGCGAUGAUAAAAGCAGAUCGGAAGAUCACUGCAUUAAAACAAUUGCAAGGUCAUAUAUGGAGAACUGGAUAUGAGAACAAUGAGCUGGAAGGAGUGGUGUAUGAUGACGUUCCAGAAGCAUUGGAGAAGUGGCAUGCUUUGGGCAUAAAGGUUUACAUAUAUUCUAGUGGAAGCAGGCUGGCACAAAGACUUAUUUUUGGAAAGACGAACUAUGGUGACUUGAGAAAAUAUUUGUCUGGAUUCUUUGACACCACAGUGGGGAAUAAAAAAGAAACACGCAGUUAUAUUGAAAUCUCAGAGUCACUUGGAGUUGAUAAACCAUCUGACAUUUUGUUUGUGACGGAUGUUUUUCAAGAAGCUUUUGCUGCAAAAGGAGCAGGUUUGGAUGUGAUGAUUUCUAUCCGGCCAGGAAAUGCACCUCUUCCAGAGAAUCACGGUUUCAAGACAAUCACCUCUUUCGCUGAAAUCUGAUGGCAGAUAUGUAUGCAAUAUUUAUCACUCUAAGUUUUGUUUGGAAAUCUGAAAGCAGAUAUGUACUUGUGUUAUUGCAAAUGUAUGAUAUGCUUUUCACAACGCACACAUAAAUAAAAAUGUUGCUUUUAAAAGAAAA